AGGAGCAAGACGGCCGAGACGCAUGCGCAGCCGCGCCCCCUCCCCUCCCGCGGAACUAUCGUGCGGGGGCAGCAUAUGCGUCCUUUGCGUUUCUGCCCCCAGCGUUCCCGGAGGGCGCAUGCGUGCAGCCAGCCAGCCAGCCAGCCAGCCAGCGUCCCCUUUCUGGCGCGGAGGGUUUUCCCAUCCGGGUUACUCGACCCCGAACGGUGGCUCCCGCCCCGCCCCGCCCCGCCCCGGAAGAAGCCGCUGGGUCUCGGGGCGGCGGCGGGCUCCUUCCCCGCGGGGUUGAGCGCGGGUAACUGUCAGCACCCACAGUGCCAAGAAUGAAAACAGAAGCUAAGGAUGGAGAAGAGGAAAGUCUUCAGACAGCUUUCAAAAAGCUAAGAGUUGAUGCAGCAGGGUCCACUGCUUCUCUUCCUGUGGGUGAGGGUACAAUUCCAAGAGCACUGGUUAGAACAGCUACAGAUGAAACCAAACCUAAGAAUGUGUGCACAUCUAAAGAAGCCUGGCAUGGGUCUAUGAGGAAACCUUCAAGAGGGGCAGUGAGAACCCAGCGUCGGAGGCGUUCUAAGUCUCCAAUCCUUCAUCCUCCUAAGUUUAUCCACUGCAGUUCAAAAACGUCUUCUGUGUGCAGCCAUCUGGUACACAAGAGCCAGAUUGACACUCCGGACAACAGCACCGGGCUAGGGGUGCCAGUCCCAAAGGAAUUCUGUGCAAAUGAACGAUCCAGUCCUGUUCUAGAUGGUGUUGGCCACAAGGGAGUUGUUGCUGAGCAUUCGGGGGCUUCUGUUGCAGAACCAGUGCCAGAGAACAAACAGGAAAACUCUUCUGUUGUUGUUUCUCUGAUGUCCAAAGCAAGUCUAAAGACAACAGAUCUUUCUGACUUCCAGUUGGUGUCCAAACAAAGCAAGAGUAAGCCAUGUGCAUGCAUGGACAAGGCCUGUCAGUGUAAGCGGUGGCAAGACAUGGAAGUGUACAAAUUCUCUGGCUUGCAGAACACCAUCCCGUUGUCACCGGAAAGAACAGUUGCUGAGGACCACUCCCAGCCUUUGCCAUCAAGAACUCCCUCAAGUUCUCCACGAUCUUGCUCUGAGCAAGCAAGGGCCUAUGUGGAUGAUGUGACUAUUGAAGACCUUUCAGGAUACAUGGAAUAUUACUUGUAUAUUCCCAAGAAAAUGUCUCACAUGGCAGAAAUGAUGUACACCUGACAUCAAUGGGCUUUAGAGAAAGGGUUUGAUUGAAAUCUGCCCUCAGUCAUACUCCACAUGAGAAGCAAUCCACUCCCUGCUCACCGUGCUUGCAAUAAAAACACUUCAUUGCAUCCCAGCUAACUUUUGUUAUUUAAAACAGACAAAACACCUUAAUUUAGAAACAUGACAGCUCGAACCCUACAAUGGUGGUUGAUUUGGUUAGAGAACAGUCUCUUCCCAUAUCUGCUUAUGGAACUGAUUACUUGGGAAAUUCUGCAUUGAUUAAAGAUCUUAUUUAAAAAAAAAAAA